AUGAAGUUCUCCUUCGCUGCCGUUGCCGCUUUCCUCGCCGUUGGUGCUGUUGCCCACGGUGCUGACUCUGACGACUACACCACCGUUGUUGUCACCGAGUACACCACCUACUGCCCCAAGGCCACCACCCUGACUGCCGGCACCGAGACCGUCCCCGUUGAGACCCCCGGAACCGUCACCCUCUCCAACGGCCCUUACACCAUCACGCGCCCCCUGAUCACCACCACCAUCACCCGCUGCAAGGCCUGCUCCUCCACGGCCAUCCCCACCCCCUCUGUCCCCGUCAUCCCCACCAGCAUCCCCGUCAUCCCCUCGGCCCCGACGGACGUCCACCCCGAGCCCACCGGCCCCGCCACGACCACCCCUGCUCCUCCUGCUUUCACGGGCGGUGCUAGCCGUGCGGCUGUUGGUGCCGGUGCCAUGGCUGGUCUCUUCGGUGUUGUUGCUGCCCUUCUGUAA